ACUGUUUACACGAGGUCGUCGAUUGUGUAUUUCCUUACCAACCCGCAACCGGCGUUAAGACAUACAUAGUUGGUUUAAACGACAGUAGGCCUAGUCACUAUAAUGUUGCGGCAACGUGGAAAAGCACAUGAUAAAAGGCCAGUGAUUUCAGAUCUGGCUGCUACUCUGGACGAAAUUCCCCCAAUACAACCCGACAUACACGAGGAAGCUGAGCGGUCUCACACAGUUCUCCUAUCGGCGUAUUCCGAACCUGGCUCUCCUUGGGUGUCAAUCAUCUCAGUGUUGCUUCUGACAGUUGUUGUCAUUCCACUUUCUUUCAUUGGUUUGAUUGACAUGCUUAUAUCAUCCCCAAUAGAACCAGAUCGAUAUCGGAUGCUGAACCCAGCACCACUGGAUGGUGUGCUGGAAGCCAAUGACUGGCUACAAACAUCAGAAAAGCUCUACGAAGGAACUCUGGAGAGACCAACUGCUAUGUUUGCCCACGAAGGUUACCUCUACGUUGGUUCAGUCAAUAAUAAGAUUUUGCGAUUCAAAAAUGGCAAGAAUGAGACGUUGCACAAGAGAAAUGUGCCGUGCGAUGCUGUACAUUCUGAAGCUGAGUGUGGAAGACUGCAGAGCAUCAGUCUGACCCCUGCUGGUGAUCUCCUCAUACUGGAUGCCUACAAGGGGUUGUACCUCGUUAACAUGUCGACAGAGAACCGAGAAGUAGUGAUGUUGGCAGACACCUUUGAGCUGGUAGAAGGAGCAAAGCUAAACUACCUCACUGAUAUGACAGUCACCAGUAAAGGGGUGCUGUACUUCACAGACCACAGUUCAAAGUUUGACAGGAUGAAUGCUAUCUAUGCCUGGAUGGAUAAAUCUACUGGCAGGUUGCUUGCACAAGGUCCAAACCUGAAGUCUAGUGUGCCACACUUUAUCUUCAAGGAGCUACAUAGCCCAUCUUCUCUGUGCAUGUCACCAAGCGAGGAAUUUCUACUAAUAGCAGAAGCCGGGAAAGCCAGAAUUCUACGGUGUGUUUGCUUCAACUGCCAAACUAUGACCACGGCAAGAGAAUGUGUGUGCUGCGCAGAAAUCCCAGAGGUGGUUGCUAAAAUAGGAGAGGCUCAGAUGACAAAUGUGAAAUGCAUCACCGAUCACCCUGGUAUGCAAGCCGUGUGCCUUGACCCAUGGAGCGUGCAGGUUGCAUGGUUUGCCUAUCAUCAGCAAUACCGCGGUAAUGCAUUUGAGGGACCUAUGCAUGCAAAGUACCGCCACAUAGCAUACCGACAGUUAGUUCGUUGGUGCUUUGGAUACUUGGCGAGAGACACUAGGGUGGUUUUACCAGCAUGUGCCGUAUCUUGUAUACCCGCGCACUUUCCACCACCAGACGAGGAGCCAUAUGCUUCUUCAAGGGAUUUCACCCAGCAGCACACCAGCACUUACCACACCUGAACUGAGGCAUGCAUCACCAUCAUUUGCUACGAUCUCAUGGUUAUGAUAAAUGUUAUGGUGAAAUUCUUUUUGCAGCUUAACUGCCUAUUAAAAUUUGGUAUGUUGACAAGGUAUUUAUAUUCACAGAAACAUAACUAACUGUCAUUUGGCAAUAUGUAUUGCAAUCACAUGUACUAAUUCACUGCCAAAAAACUUUGCACUAAGCAUUACAUUUACCCCUUUAUUCUCCUGAUCAUUACCCAAUUUUUAAUGAUCAACUGCUGUGACAGAGUUGUGAUGAAAUUUGUAAAUAAAAGUAGCACAACGUUAACAACAUUUUUUUGUUAUUAUUUUAAUAUUGGUAAAAACAGUAUAAGCACAAAUAACAGGAUCAAACGGUAGGGUAAUUUUAUAACUUUCCCGAAUCAAAAGUGAUAGCAUAAAUUUUAAGACGUCCCGGAUCAAAACUAAUAAUUGCACAAGUUAUAUGACUACCGGAUCAAAAGUAAUAGCAUAAUUUUAGGACUUUCCCA